GCGCAGAGCACGGCGCGGCACAGCUCUCCGGCUGGCCAUGGCGAGAGGUGCACGGCGACCACCCGAGUGGCGUAGCGGUGUCAGAUUCUUAAUCAAGUACCAACUCCAUGGAUCGAGGACAGGUUUGUCCCAUGGCCUGCUCUGAACAGUGUGUUGUCUGAUAGAAGAUUUCCAUUGGCAAACCAUCUGUUGCCUUACAGAGCAAGCAAAGAAGAUGGAUCUAUUGAAGAGCCAUCCGACUGUGUGCUUUCUACCUUCUGUGCCCUUUUUUAUCCUACUAUCCACUCUAGCAACUGCGAAGAGUGUGACUAACAGCACUUUAAAUGGCACCGACAUGGUCUUGGGCUCUGUGCCUGUAAUCAUUGCCAGAACUGACCAUAUCAUAGUCAAGGAAGGGAACAGUGCCUUGAUUAAUUGUAGUGUUUUUGGCAUCCCUGACCCACAGUUUAAGUGGUAUAAUUCCAUUGGCAAGCUGCUGAAGGAAGAAGAGGAUGAGAAAGAAAGAGAAGGAGGAAAAUGGCAAAUGAUUGAUGGUGGCCUCCUGAACAUCACCAAGGUAUCUUUCUCAGACCGAGGUAAAUACACAUGUGUGGCUUCUAACAUGUACGGCAGUGUGAACAACACAGUGACCCUAAGAGUCAUCUUCACCUCUGGAGACAUGGGCGUUUACUACAUGGUUGUCUGCCUCGUGGCCUUCACCAUUGUCAUGGUUCUCAACAUCGCCCGGCUGUGCAUGAUGAACAGCCACCUGAAGAAGACCGAAAAAGCCAUCAACGAGUUCUUUAGGACAGAAGGCGCAGAGAAGCUGCAAAAGGCAUUCGAGAUUGCCAAGCGGAUCCCCAUCAUCACCUCAGCCAAAACUCUAGAGCUUGCCAAAGUGACCCAGUUCAAAACCAUGGAAUUUGCCCGUUACAUCGAAGAGCUCGCCAGGAGCGUCCCUCUGCCUCCUCUCAUCAUGAAUUGCAGGACUAUUAUGGAGGAGAUCAUGGAAGUGGUUGGGAUGGAGGAGCAGGGGCAGAAUUUUGUGAGGCAUACCCCAGAAGGCCAGGAGGCCACAGACAGGGAUGAGGUGUACACCAUCCCCAACUCUCUGACGCGAAGUGACUCUCCCACUGCCGACUCGGAUGGCUCCUCGCUGCAUGAACAGCCUCAGCAGAUUGCCAUCAAGGUGUCUGUUCACCCCCAGUCCCAAAAAGAUCAUGGGGAUGACCAAGAUGGUGUACAAUUUGAGGUCAAAGAUGAAGAGGAGACAGAACCAUCGGGUGAACAUUCACCGGAGACCGGAGAGCCUUCGACAGAUGUGACAUCUACCGAGCUAACAUCUGAAGAGCCGACACCUGUGGAGGCAUCAGAUCGAGGACUGCCACCAGCUCACCUGGAAACGACAGAGCCAGCAGUGACACAUGACAAAAACACCUGCAUUAUCUAUGAAAGCCAUGUCUAAUAUCAACUCCGAAAAGCUAUGCAUAUCAAGAAAAAUCAGGGGCUGCUCCUUGUAACACAGAUGUAGUACGCACUUGCCGCUAAGCCUUACCAGGAGACUCUCAUCCCUUAGGUACAACUGAUACCAUUUUAAAAGGGGAAACAUCUACAUGCAGUUUUUGGGACUGGAAUCUCCCCAGUAGAAAAGGAUGCGAGAAACAUGAGGGUGCAGAACUGAUAAUAUCAGACAGAAGAUAUCUGUCCAUGUGAUUUGAAUUUUAGAGGCCGUUCUCUGCCAAAUCCCUUAAUUGGCAAUGCCCUUUUGGCAAAGAGUACACUGCUGUAAGGUAUCUGAGUUCAAGAGCCCUGUCCAAUGCACACUGCAUUGCUUUUCCUUUUAAGAAUUAUAGGUCUGCUACAAUAGCAAAUGCACGUACAUGGGUUUGUUGCACUUUCUUCUCAGUUUUAAUUACUUUCACUGUUCCUUUAUAGUGGAAUAAUUGUUAUUAAUACUAAUUGCUUUUUCUGAAUUAGUCCUCUUUGCUACUUUUGUCCUUAUUUUUCCCUAGAACAUUUACCUCAGAGGCUUUGGUAUCAGUCACUAGUUCCAAGGCUGAUAUCUACAAGUCAUUUGUAAUGUUCCAAAGUAGUUUUCUUGGCUCAUUGUUUUUGUUUUGUUUCACUUUCAUUCCCCAGGUCUGUUUUCAUA